CAGUCAGCCUGACUUAAAUUGCACUGAGUCAUUUCGCCCGUAAGGCAGAAGGACAGAAAUAUUUGAGAAGGGUGGUCGGUUUUGCAGGAUCUUGUUUUCGUGUAAAAAGAGAGGCACAUUUAGCCGUACCUCUCCCAUUUAGGAGUCGUUCAGACCUUCGAAACGUGUUACUUGAAAUUGUAAGAAACAAUUAAACACCGAAAGGUGAUUUUACUUUCUGCUGGCGAAACUUUUUCUGUCGGGCUGUUUCAUAUCGAAUUGAAAAAUAACGUGGAUCAGCUCCCGUGUAUUUGGAAGCAAUGGCGUUUUGUGGGGCACUUAUACUGCUCAUUGUGCCUUUUCUGUGUGCAGCAGCAGAUGCAGACACGAACGGAACAGUAAAGAAUGUUAACCAGACAGAUGGCUUGAAGCCGCCACCAAGAGGAUUUUCCAUACUCACACGUGAAGAAUAUGAGCCUAUUCCAUUUGGUGGCGAAGAAGAAACUGGCAGUGAAAGAGAAGAGCGCUCUGGAUUUAUAACUGUUGCUUGCCAUAAGAAUAACUGUAAAAAUAACAGAACCGGAGAGAAAUAUAUUGAAGAUGAAAUUCAUCAGUUCCUUGCUUCAAAGUGGAUGUCACUCUUUAUCCCUUCUGUGUAUUCGUUUGUGUUUGCUAUGAGCUUGCCUUUAAAUUUUUUGUCAAUGCUUGUGUUUGUGGCUAAAAGAAAGUUAAAGAAGCCAGCUGUAGUCUACAUGCUUAACUUGACACUUUCUGAUGUAUUGUUCACAGUCUUACUUCCCUUUAAAAUUUCUUACCAUGUUUCUGGUAAUGAUUGGUAUUUUGGACCAGGAAUGUGCCGGAUUGUAACAGCUGCAUUUUACUGCAACAUGUACUGCUCAGUUUUGCUGAUAACCUGUAUAAGUGUGGAUAGGUUCUUAGCUGUGGUAUAUCCUGUGCACUCUCGCUCUUGGCGUAGCACUGGACGAGCUUCCUUGGUUUGCAUCAUCACCUGGCUUGUUGCCAUUGUUGGCUGUCUUCCCCUUCUUUGUACAGAGCAGACUGCAGAAGUACCUGGGCUAAAUAUAACAAGCUGCCAUGAUUUCGUAGACCUGUCUAAAUCUCAAGAUUACUAUCUCUAUUUUUUCCCAUGUUUCAGUUUAAUUUUCUUUUUUGUGCCACUUGCAGUAACAACAUUCUGCUAUUUUAGAAUUCUUCGCUGCCUUUGCUCCACAAAUGCAGCUAGCAAGCAUCGAAGGACACGGGCCAUCUUUUUGGCUUUUGCAGUGUUACUUGUUUUCAUAGUUUGUUUUUUACCGACAAAUGUGUUGUUAGUAGUACAUUAUCUGCAGUUUUCUAAUGGACACAAUAAUGAAACAUACUUUGUGUAUCUCCUUUCACUUUGCGUUGGUAGCCUCAAUUGCAGCAUUGACCCCAUCAUUUAUUAUGGGGGCUCCUCCAAAUGGCAGAAAGACCUCUAUAAACUUGUGUGCUGUGUGACAGGUAGAGAGACCUUCAGUAGUAGCAGCAACAGCCAGUCAAGCAGCAGGGAUAGUAGAGCAGGCACCAUUUCAUCCAAGAUCAGCAGCAGUAUCUACAAGAAAUUAUUAGCUUAACUUGUGCCUAUUGUGUUUUAAUUCUUGAUAUUAUAUGCCAUGCAGCACUUGUGUGCUGUUCUUUUGAUUUAAAUCUUGAUGCACAUUUUUAAUAUAGAUCUUGUGAAACUUAAUUGUCUGUAAGAUGCUGAGAUGAAAUUGAGUGUACGUCAUUCCAGAUGUAGGUAAAACCAUCAUAGCCUGUGGUACAGCAAAGUUAGUGCAUACAUAUGGAUUACAGAAUAUGUUGCCAAUAUAGUUUGUGGAAAGAAAACUGUGAUAUUGUCAGGGCUACUGUGCCACUACUUAUUAAAUAAAAUCUGGAAUAGUGUUCCAUAUGGUAACAUUGCCCUCUUCAAGUGUAACCUCAAUUAAUGGAUGGGGAAUCAUGAAUUUACUUCUGGAGUGGCACCAUGUUCCUUAUGAACAAUAGGCAGUUGGUAUUAGAAACAAUAGCUUAGGCUCAUGGCUGUGUGAACUUUGUUCACGUAGCUGUUGAAAAUUGGGAAACUGGUUAAAUCUGGCCAGGCUUGUACAGGCUGCUGGGUUGUUAGCCUUUUAAUCUCCUAUGAACCUAUGAACUUGGUGCCUUAUGUUGGAAAGAUGCAGUAGAUUACAUGAACCCUGCUGUCGAGUGAUAUCUACAAUGUGUCUGAUCAGUUCAGACCCAUGAUGUUUUGUAGUUAACAGUACUUGCUUUUCAACCAUUAGUUUAGAACAGUAGAUACCAACCUACUUGUGAGCUGCUGACUGUACUUUUCUAAUAGUACCAUCUUGCAAAUCAAAAACUGGAAUGCAGCAUAGAGGGAAAGAAGUAGAAUGAGAUUAACUGAAGACUGUCAAAAUAGUAGCCAGGAUGAAAUAACUGAAGACUGUCAAAGUAAUAGCAGGAAUUAUGUAAGCUUUUGAAGUGUAAUCCUUCUUUGCUGUGAGUGUGUGGAAGGAGGGCUUUCUAAAUUUCAUCAUGUGGCUCAUUUCCUUAUCUUAGUGCUAUUUAAUGUGCCAUUUUCUUGUUAGGUAUUUUUAGGCUUCAAAGCCCUGAUUGCAUCAAAGCAGUAUCCCCCUUUUUAUGAGACAGACUAAAGCCCUCAGUCAUGCAAAAGACUUUGGACAUUUGUUAUGGGCUUUGCUUUUAAUCAGGUUUAUUUAUGUUAUGUAGUGCUCCUAAGGGCUUUGCAUGCUGUAAGCUCAACAUGAACAUAUUAUUUGUUGGUGCAAAUGAUACAUCUCUGUAAAGCAGUCUCCCACCUUAAUCUUGUGAGCUUAACACCUCUGUUACUUGUAUGUUCUCUGAAGAUUUAUUAACCUGGGACAUCAUUGUAACACCCAACACUUAUCCUCCCCUCUCCCUAAAAGGAGAGGCGAGCAAUUAUUGCUUCUUCAUUCCUGUCACCCCAGUCAUUCCCGUGGGAUUCAUCAUUCUAACCAAAUGCACAUUGUUCAGGCCAUGUCAGCAGAAUGGUAAACCUGUCCCCCAUUUUGGGGAGAUUACUACAGACACCUUUGACCCUAAUUGUCUUUCAGUCACAUGUCCAGUUAAUUGCACAGAGACUGGCUGAUGCUGCCUGUAGUGAUGCUACCCAAGACUAUUUUAUGCAGUUUUCUGUUUUUGGCUGUUGGGGUUCCAUUUACCCUGUUAGCCUGUUAGCCAGUCAUUGCCUCUAGUGAUAGUGUGACGUCCUCCCAGCCUAGUUGUUGAGUUCACUCAGUGUACCCUGGAAGAUGCAGGGUAGUGGCAGGGGUUGAGUGGCAUGCUGGUGCAGUGCCUAGUAUGUUUGCUUCUUAGCUUCAGGGUCUUGGAUUAAGUCCUGACCUCCAUGUAAAGUCUGAGUGGAGUUGACAUAUGAAUCCCAUGUCAGCAUGAGUCUUCCUGUUAUCAAAAGACGUGCUUUUAAAUUUGAUUGGCCACUCUGAAAAAACUUGCCCCUGAGAUUGUAUUGUGGUGGUUUCCUUCUUGGGAUUCCCCCUGUAAAGGAGCAACCUUUAACUUGGAGGAGCUAACUCAAUUUUAUUAUAACAAUGUCAGUUUGUUAAUAGAGUCAACUUAAUUUCCAUGUUCAGUCUGAUGCUGGCUGCCUAACAGAGUUUGCUUCUCUUUAAGAGUUAUUUUGCUUUUAUUUUGCAUAAAUCCUUAGGUUAGUAUCAUUUUCAUUCCCCACAUCCUCUGCUGCAUGAUUUGUAUAUGCUUCUUUACAUACAUUUUUCUUAAAUGGUCUAAAAAGCAAGUUGUGGCAGCCUCAGUGGCUGAGCCAGUCAAGCCCAUGCAAGUUGUGGUGUAAAAACCAUUGACAGUAAACUUGCCCUUUGAAUAGCAGCCUAUAACAGGUGUAUGUCCAUUGGUGUAGUGACUUGUAGCCUGAGUGACUUCCUAAUCAAAAAGUUGAAAAUGCUGCAUUACAUAUGUUCCUUUCUUGUGGUGCAGUUGACUGGUAGUUUCCUGUUUCAGGUCAUCCUGCACAUUGGGACCAUUUUUAAAAUAAAUUUUCCUUGCUUGUAUCUUCUGUAGUUCAUCUGUUUACAUUUGUAAACAGGUUAAGUAUCAUAAAUAUAUAGUGAGUCUGUGUUUAUGCUUAAUCUAGUAUAUUAAAAGAAGACAACAGAAAGUGGUUUGUGUGUUUGGGCGUAGUUACAAAUGGUUGACUCAUUGGUGGAUGAGUGGUUUUAGUGUGAAAAUUUAAUAUCACUGUGUUGUGCUGCAUUAUGUUGUAUUGUGUGGGUACUGGUGAAGCACUUUUCUGAAAUUUACCCCAUUUCAUAAAUGUAAUGGGACAGUGGAAUUGGUAUAUACAUAAUUUGUGGAAAAGUGCAGAGUGGCUUGCCUCCUGACAA